AUGGCAUCUUCAAGUUCAACGGCCGAACCCGUUACAAAAGUGCAGUUGGAAGGUAAAGUCAUUGCUAUUACCGGUGCGAACAGAGGCAUCGGCCUCGGCAUAGCACACAGCUGCCUCACCAACGGCGCCUCCGCAGUCUACUCCCUCGACAUCGGCACCCCAGACACCGACUUCACCACGCUCGCCUCCAAAUACCCCAACCAACUCUUCGCACUAGAAGCCGACGUCACAAACGAAGCCUCGAUCCAGGCGGCCAUCGACAAGGUGCUUGCAGAAGCGGGGGCGCUACACGGCAUGGUAUGCAAUGCGGGGCGUACAAAGCACAAACCCGCACUGGAAUUUACAACGGAAGAGAUUGACCAGCUGUGGGGGGUGAAUUUGUAUGGGAGUUUUUACUCUGCGAGGUGUGCGGCGAGGGCAUUUAUUAAGCAGGAAGUUAAGGGGAGUAUUGUUUUCACGGCGAGUAUGGCGUCGUAUCGGCCGAAUAAGCGUGUUCCCUCGGCACCGUACGGUGCGUCCAAGGCGGGCAUCAGGAAUAUGACGCAUACGCUUGCUAUGGAGUGGGCGCAGUAUAACAUCAGAGUCAACUCUGUGUCGCCGGGUCUGGUCAAGACGGCGAUGACGUACUGGGUUGAGCAGCAGCCGGAUUGGGAGCAGCAGCUCAAGUACUAUGGUGGUAUGCCGCGGUUAGCGGCUGUGGAGGAACUUGGAGGCGCCUAUGUGUAUUUGCUCAGCGAUGCGGCGAGUUACACGACGAGUAUUGAUAUCCCGGUCAAUGGCGUUAUUGGUAUUUGUUAA